UCAUUAACCUCCCUGGAGGUAUUCCCGAGUGUAGCUCGGGGUAGAGUUUCAGUACCACAAGCGGUAACCCCGAGCUACACUCAGGAAUACCCUGCAGUGCUGCUCCGGGAUCCCUUCUGCACUUACCUUGUCCUGCGCUCCUGCCAUGUCCCCCCUGCAGCGUCCCCGGCAAUUUCCUCCGGUUGAUGCCGCCAUCUGUCUUCUGGGUUCCGUUCCCUGCAACGUCAGGAUGUACGGGAACAGAACUGGUGGGAAAUGUGCUACUUAUGGAGCGAAAAAUAUGGUAUACUAAAAUCACAUAGUAAAACAUUACUGUAUCAAACCAUUUCACAUACAU